CAGAAUCUUUGAUCGUCGCUUCAAAGAUGAGCAGACACGACAAGCGGAUGAAAUCAUGCGACCAAUGUAAAGCCCGCAAGGUGCGUUGCAGCGGCAGAGAGCAUCGGGAAGCCACUAGCUGCCUCAACUGCGCGCGCAGGAAUGAGGCUUGCCACUUCAGUUUGCUGCGAAAGCCGCAGAGACUAAAGUAUCGAGCAGAUGUCCCGGCUACCACUCCAGCGGUCCACUUGCCGAGCUUAAGUGACGACACGCACCAGACUCUGGAGGCUAAUGACGCUCCCGCAAUAAGCGAAGCGACGCAGUACGAUGGGUUGCAAGAAUUACACCUCGACCGACUGCUCGCGGGCAGCUGUCUAGGAUCGGCACGGCAGGCUCAAUGCGAGUCUCUGCAGACCCUCGGAGUGUUUGGCAGCGAAUACAGCUUGACGUUCUUUUCCGAGGCACGGCUUGCCUCACUCGGGCUCCGACUUGGCCAUGACCGCAUCUCAAAGAUACGAGCUCAGAUGGCUGCCAUCAUCACUCAGCGUAUGCGGACUGUCGAGCGAGUCCCUGCACCUGCCUGCGACAAUGACCGAUGUCGGGUGUUCGGCGCUAGUGAUACCUUUAUCACAACCUGCAUUCGGGCGUACUUCGAACAUGUACACCCCAUAUAUCCUUUUCUGGAUAGGUCCCAAGUGGAAUCCAUCGCAUCUGGUCCGCAACUCCAAGAGAAGCUCGCUAUCGACAAGGCUUGGUCGGCCCUGUUCUUCGGAAUCCUCGCGCUUGGCUCGCAGUACAAUGACGGCGGAAGCUUUCAGCCUACCAACAAUGUAGCAUGGAAGUUCUUCUCCACAGCACUAGCAAUCUUUCUUGACUUGCUUAUCACCAAGGCUAGCUUGGUCAGUGUUCAAGCCAUUACCACCCUCGCCAUUUUCGCGUCCAACGUAUCAUGUAUGCAAUUUGAGUACGCACUAGUCGCCGAGGGCGUGAAGAAAGCGCAGAUGCUUGGGUACAACCGGCUUUCUACUCCAGGGAACGACGCUCGAAAUCGCACUUUCUGGGUAUUGUUCUGCCUGGAAAAAACUAUGACAUUCACUAUCGCGAAGAGCUCAUCUAUCAUCGACUCUGAUAUAAGUAGUGCACUUCCAGUCCAGGAAGACCAAGCCGUAGGACAUGAGGAGUUUGAUUCGUUCCUUACCUUAAUCAGAUUGUCAAGACUGUUUAGUCGCAUAUACGCAUCACUUCAUUCCGUUAGCAUACGAGGCCGACCAAGAGACUAUUUCAAAUCAACUAUCGACCGCCUUCGAGACGAACUGGAGUGUUGGCGCAUGUCCAUUCCUCCACCCUUUCGGCCAGGACAAGGGUUUCGGAACCACCACCAUUUUCAGACAGCUCAGAUGGUGAACAUCUAUAUCAGAUUCCACUAUGGAUACCAUAACACGAUGCUCCAUCUCAAUCGUGCAGCACUUCAUCUACGACAUCCAGACACCGACCUCUCCAAGACAGUCAGCGAUAUUAUGCGCACGACACGGUCAAUACUUGAAAUGACCAAAUGUAUCGACGUUCAACCGUAUACACCUCUCUGGAUCUUGGCUGCCGUACCACUCACAGCCUUGUUCGUUCUUUUCGAUCUAGUCAUCGAUAAUCCAUCUCAUUCCGACACCGCCGCCAACCUCGCUCUACUCGACAUCGGUAGUGGUCACUUCAGUCGGAUAGAGUAUGCUUCUCAAGGCACCUUGCCAGGGUCUAUCCUCUCCGAAUUCGCACAUAUCGCACGAUGCUACGUCCGCGAAAAGACACAGCCGCAAAGCGAUAGCAUCACACCCGGCAUCUCUGCCUUGGUGUCACCUACCACUGCGCUUGCUCCUACUGGCCCAGACCAGGUCUCAAAGGUUGUGACUCAAGUUGGCUUACCAACAAAUGAUCCAAUUCAGCCAAAUGCUGCUAAUUGGCCACUCCAGGCUGAUGCGGAGGUUCUAGCUGGGACCGACAUCUUAGACCUGUUUGGUUCGUAUCUCCCUGAAUGGAAUGAGGAGUGGAUUUUAGGUGCGCCAGCCACGACUCUAGCUUCAUAAUAUAGGGGUCUGUUGAGUUCGUGUUCAACCCCAGCACAUCAUGGGUUCCUCAUAGUAUACUGUGGUCAUAAGUAAGCAAGGUGUUUCAUCGGCCGGCUCACAUAUGCGCUAAUACUAGGUAUGUAAGGCCCGGAGGGCAGUUUUUGUAUUUCUUUUGGUGUGACAGGUUUACGGGUAAAGACAUAGCCAGCCUUCUUGCGUAUAAACCCC